AUGACUGAAGUAUGUAUUUCGUGUGGUAAGGUGGUACAAAAUGCUAUGUUUUGUCCCAUUUGCAAAAAUGAAAAUCGCAAAUCCCCCUUUUGCACCCAGGAAUGCUACAAAUUUAAUUGGAAUGAGCACAAACUGACACACUUUCAUGCCAAUCCUCUCUUGAAGUGUUUUGAAAACUAUAAGUUUACUGGGACAUUAAGGCCUUAUCCCAGAAAACCGAGAAUUUCUGUGUCAGAAUCAGUUAACAAACCUGACUACGCUGACACUGGGAUUCCAUUGUCAGAACAAAUGUCAAAGAGAGCCCAUACCAUAAUCUCAUACCCAAAAGAUCAGAUACAAGCAAUACGGGAAGCUUGCUUGAUAGGUAGAAAAGCAUUGGAUUAUGCUCAUUCAUUACUACGUAUAGGAAUUACUACUGAGGAGAUUGACGAAAAAGUUCAUCAAUUUAUCAUUCAAAAUGGUGCUUAUCCCUCGCCAUUAAAUUACUAUGGUUAUCCCAAAUCCAUUUGCACAUCGGUCAACGAAGUUGUAUGUCACGGGAUACCUGAUUCUAGACCCUUAAAAGAUGGAGAUAUUAUCAACAUAGAUAUAACGGUGUAUUAUAAAGGCGCCCAUGGAGAUUUAUCCGAAACAUACCACAUUGGACAGGUGGAUAAUGAUGCCAUGAGAGUCACUAAAGCUGCAUAUGAAGCAUUGAUGAACGCAAUAGAUCAUUGCAAACCUGGAAUUAUGUACCGUGAUAUAGGUUACCACAUACAAUCAAUAGCCGACAAAUACAACUGUACAAUAGUGAGAUCCUAUUGUGGCCAUGGAAUAGGUACAGACUUUCAUGUAUUACCAACAGUUCCACACUAUAAGAAGAACAAGGCGAUAGGUUUUCUUAAACCUGGUCACGUAUUCACUAUAGAACCCAUGCUAAAUUUGGGCAGUUAUCACGAUGUUAAAUGGCCAGAUAAUUGGACUGUAGUGACUGCAGAUGGAAGCAGAUCUGCCAUGUUUGAGCAUCAAUUACUUGUAACUGAUACUGGUGUUGAAAUAUUGACUAAACGCUUGGAAGGUUCGCCUCCGCUAGACUUUGAAGUAUAG